GCCAUAAUGGGUGCUGAGGCCGAUAGCCAGAACCCGCAUUCGCAUCAUGCGAUUGCAAAGGACAUUCCCGAGGAUAAGAACAGCGAACAAGUCCCAAAGCAGGACGAGCUGAGAAACAAGGCUGCCGCUGGUGUAUGUAUUCGUUCCCACUUCUUGUUUUCUGUCAGCUAACCCAUCUAGAUCUCAUACUUCACUCCCGCACAGGAGCCCGUCGCCGGAACCGCCCUUGGCAUGCUCGAUGGCAGCUCCAAGAUCCCCAAGCUCUUCCAACCCCUCAAGCUUCGCGGCCUCACGAUUCAGAACCGCCUUGCUCUUUCGCCUCUCUGCCAAUACUCUGCCGAAGAUGGCCACCAAACCAACUGGCACCUCACACAUUUGGGCGGCAUCAUCCAGCGCGGUCCUGGCCUCACAUUCGUUGAGGCUACUGCGGUACAAGCCGAGGGAAGGAUUACCCCAGAGGACUGCGGUCUCUGGAAAGACUCGCAAAUGGAGCCUCUUCGCAGGGUCGUUGAGUUCGCACACUCCCAAGGCCAGAAGAUUGGUAUCCAGCUCGCACACGCUGGACGAAAGGCCAGCACCGUCGCUCCUUGGUUGAGCAAGGGUGAUAUCGCUACAAAGGAGAUGAACGGCUGGCCAGACAACGUCUAUGCUCCCUCAGCUAUCGCAUUCAACGACCACCACUGCACACCCAAGGAGAUGACCAAGCAGGACAUCGAGGCCUUCAAGCAAGCAUUUGUCGAUGCUACCAAGCGCGCCCUCAAGAUCGGUUUUGACACCAUCGAGAUCCACAACGCUCACGGCUACCUACUCCACUCCUUCCUGUCACCAGCAUCGAACAAGCGUACUGACGAAUACGGUGGAUCCUUCGAGAACCGCACCCGUCUCACUCUCGAAGUCGUUGACCUCGCACGUAAGACCAUCCCUGACAGCAUGCCUCUCGUCCUCCGCAUCAGCGCGACAGACUGGCUUGAUGAAGCCGGUAUCGAGGGCUGGACCGUCGACCAGACCGUCAAGCUUGCCGAGAUCCUCGCCGACAGGGGCGUAGACCUUCUCGACGUUUCUUCCGGAGGUCUCCACGAGAAGCAGCACAUCCAUGCCGGCCCGGGAUACCAAGAGCCUUUCGCCAAGGCCGUCAAGGACAAGGUUGGAGACAAGAUGGCCGUUGGUACUGUUGGUAGCAUCACCGACGGCAAGCAGGCCAACGAGUACCUCGAGAACGACAAUCUUGAUGUUGCCUUCAUUGGCCGCAUGUUCCAGAAGAACCCCGGUUUUGUCUGGCAAUGCGCCGAUGAUCUCGGUGUUGAGGGUCGCUGGGCUAACCAGAUCCGAUGGGGCUUCGGAGGCCGUGGCAAGAAGUAAGUCUUGUCUAAGCAUUUUCGUAUUGGGGAUGUGGCGUACGCUCGAAAUGAUGGAGCGCUUUUAGUUCUGAUGAAUGUGUACUUUUAGAGUAUAGAAGAAAUCUAAUAGAUGGUUUACCAGGGAUCAAGUCGUAGACAAGAAGGCGUUCGCGAAUGAAGGUGCUUUUGAGAUGAACAAGAGCAAGUAGGAUCGAUCAGAUUUAGAUUUGCAAGAAUAACUGAACACUCUUACUAUCAGUGAGCUUCACGCAAAAGAAGCUAACUUGUCACGUGUCGUUCCCAUCACUGCGUCUCUUUCUUCCCAAAUACACGUUUCCAAAGCUGAUGAGCCUCUAGCGUCUGACUCGGAUACCGUAACAUACCUCUCUCGUUCUUCUCAUUCAAUCUUGCCAACUCUUCGACUGAAAACGUCACUUCCCUCCCUUGCACGACCACAGUCUCAGACUCUUUGUAAGGGUAAAUAUCCGCUUCCGUCCCUGGUAUACGACGAUCAGCU